GUUUAGCUUUCUUUCUCCGUAAUUCGGCCAUUUUGGGGUCCACAGUUUCACUGAUUAGUCCUUCACACAAGUAUGACGUGUCAUGUCUAACACAUGAUAAAAUUUCUCCAUUAGAAAAACAUAAUUCACCAAAGUGACUACCACCAUGGUUCGCUUCUACGCCACCACAACCACCGUCAUCCACCACCAUCUCCGGCAACAAAUCCGCGCAUUCAUAAACGCAAGGGUAAAAUGGGUACAAGACCCAUACUUGGAUAAAGCAGUAGAGAAAGAAAAGAACCUCAAACCAUUACUUUCUCUCAAAAACUUAAUCAUCUCACACCCAUCAAAAUCUCUAUCCGUUAACACAAUUUCCCCAUUAAAACCUCAACUUAAUCUUCCCACAACUGCCCUUAAAUUCAUCCAGAAUUACCCUUUUAUUUUCAAGACUUUCAGGCCACCAAUACCAUUAUCUACUCUACAUGUAAAGCUAACUCCAAAUGCAGUAUCUUUGCAUAAUGAUGAGACCCUUUCUCUUAGUCUUUCACAUUAUCGUAAAGAUUUAGCUGAAAGAUUAGUGAAACUUUUGAUGCUUACAAGAGCUAAAAGACUUCCUUUUUAUGUUAUUGAAAGAUUUAAAUUUGAUUUGGGUUUGCCUCAUGAUUAUUUAUUGAGUUUUUUACCUGAAUUUCCUGAGUAUUUUCAGAUUUGUCAAAUGGGUUUUAAAGAUUGUAAUGGUUGUGAGGUUUUUGGGUUGGAGUUAGUUAAAUGGAGAAGGGAUUUAGCUGUUUCUGUGAUGGAAAAAAGAGUGAAAAGUGAGAAUUUUGAAGGUGGGAAAAGAGUGCAUAUAAGGUAUUCGAUGAAUUUACCAAGAGGAUUUGAUUUGCAGAAAAAAGUGAAAAAUUGGGCUGAGGAGUUGCAAAAUUUGCCUUACAUUUCACCUUAUGAGGAUGCAUUUCAUUUGGCUCCUAAUAGUGAUCAAGCAGAGAAAUGGACAGUAGGGAUAAUUCAUGAACUGUUAAGCUUACUUAUAUCGAAGAAAACGGAAAGGGAGAAUAUUUAUUGCUUGGGGGAUUAUUUAGGAUUUGGAAUAAGGUUUAGAAAAGCUUUAGUGCAUCAUCCAGGCAUGUUCUACUUGUCGAAUAAAAUCAGAACGCAUACUAUAGUUUUGCGGGAGGCGUUUAACAAGAACAUAUUGAUGGAAAGACAUCCAUUGAUGAGAAUGAGGUACAAGUAUAUUAGUCUCAUGAAUAGAGUGUUGAGAAGGGGAAUUCCAAUCAAUGCUGGAGCUCUUAGGCACAGGGCGCGGCUGGCUUCUUUAAAAGGAGGCAAUGACGGCAAAGGAAAGGAGAAGAGGAUGAGACAAGUUAAAAGUGUAGAGACUUGAGAAGAUUGAUAAUAGGAACAGCAGAUGAUUUGAAAGACAACUUUAUGAUCAUGCACUAUGCUAUAAAGGCUUGUAUAUAGACAGAUUUGUUUGGACUCCAAAAAUAUUGUUGUAUCGUGUCUGAUGCUCCAAUAAUGCACUAUUUUUGGAGGAUUCUACACGCACCCUACAAACAUUUUCAAACAGUCCGAGCAGCAUAAUUUAUCUAUCGGUGAUUCACUAUAUGUUGGAGGCUAGAUGUUGGUGGAAACUUGGCAAUGCUCACGAAUAGAAGAAUGGUACAUUUGUAUGGAUAUACAGGGAAUGCAAGGGAAGGAAACCUUAGUAUACACGAGAAGCUGACCGUCUUUAUAUUGGAUGCUUUGGCCUUUCACUAGUUAACUAUUAUCAAAAUCGCUCUCUUUGUUCCCCUUCUGAAGUUGAGGGAAACUCGUGCCCGUCAAAAUGGUCAUGUUGUUAUCGUGAUGGCAAUCCUCCUUAACAAAAGGAUGUGAGUUGGAGGUCUGUAUUGAGCAGUCUAACCAUUUCAAGUGAACAUCCAUUAUUUUACCUUUGUGUAUCAGAUCACUUCUAAUCUUGUCUAAUUUUGUAUGGCGACACGUGCAUCGUAACAUUUGCAUACUUAGAACACUCUUCUCUAGGUAUGUUGUAUCUCUGUUUAUUCUCACAUAGAAUAUUGCUAAUCUCACAACUA